ACAGCUUGCUCUUAUAAAAUGUCUGAACAAAGCCCAACUCCUGAGCACAUUUUACAGAAUAUAUGUGAUCACUUGAUCUUGUCUAACCAUUCUGGACUAAAGACAGAAUCAGCAGCAAAGGAAAUGAAGUUGACUGCCGAGGAGCCUGGGAAUAAAGUGCAGUGGGCAGCUCUGCUGAUACUCCUGGUGAUAAUACCAACCAUCGGUGGGAACAUCCUUGUUAUUCUGGCUGUGUCACUGGAGAAAAGGCUGCAGCAUGCUACCAACUACUUUCUAAUGUCCUUGGCGGUGGCUGAUUUACUGGUUGGAGUGUUUGUGAUGCCGAUUGCCCUCUUGACAAUCAUGUUUGAGGCUAUAUGGCCCCUCCCACUGGUCCUGUGUCCUGCUUGGUUAUUCCUUGAUGUUCUCUUUUCAACUGCCUCCAUCAUGCAUCUCUGUGCUAUUUCAGUGGAUCGAUACAUAGCCAUCAAAAAGCCAAUCCAGGCCAAUCAGUGCAAUUCCCGGGCUACUACAUUCAUCAAGAUUACAGUGGUAUGGUUAAUUUCAAUAGGUAUCGCCAUCCCAGUCCCUAUUAAAGGGAUAGAGAAUGAUGUGACUAACUCAGACAACGUCACCUGUGAGCUGAAGAAGGAACGUUUUGGCAAUUUCAUGCUCUUUGGCUCACUGGCUGCUUUCUUUGCACCUCUUGCGAUCAUGAUAGUCACCUACUUCCUCACUAUUCACGCCUUACGAAAGAAAGCUUACUUGGUCAAAAACAAGCCACCUCAACGCCUAACAUUGUGGACUGUGUCCACAGUAUUCCAAAGAGAAGAAUCAUCCUUUUCAUCGCCUGAAAAAGUUGCAAUGCUGGACAGUGCUCACAAGGAUAAAACUCUACCUAACUCAAGUGAUGAAACUCUUAUGCGAAGAAUGUCCUCAGUUGGAAAAAAAUCAGCCCAAACCAUUUCUAAUGAAGAGAGAGCCUCAAAGGUCCUUGGAAUUGUUUUUUUCCUCUUUCUGCUUAUGUGGUGUCCCUUUUUUAUUACAAACAUAACAUUAGCUUUGUGUGAUUCCUGCAACCAGACUACUCUUGAAAUGCUCCUGGAGGUAUUUGUGUGGAUAGGCUACAUUUCCUCAGGGGUGAAUCCUUUGAUCUACACCCUCUUCAAUAAGACAUUUCGGAAAGCAUUUUGCAGGUACAUCACCUGCAAUUACCAGGCCACAAAGUCAGUAAAAGCACUUAGAAAAUGUUCCAGUACAAUCUACUUUGGGAAUUCAAUGGUAGAAAACUCUAAAUUUUUCACAAAACAUGGAGUUCAAAAUGGGAUCAAUCCUGCCCUGUACCAGAGCCCAAUGAGGCUCCGAAGUUCAACCAUACAGUCUUCAUCAAUCAUUCUGCUAGAUACACUUCUCCUCACUGAAAAUGAUGGUGACAAAACUGAAGAGCAAGUCAGCUAUAUGUAGCAGAACGGGCAAUCACUGGCGAAUUCGAGUUAAGGCGGAUGGGCAGGAUGCAAGUGCACCAAGACAAUGCACAGAAUAAAUCAUCAUCUCAUGAAAGCAGGAGUUAAUACUAAGGUUGUCCAAUUUCCUUAUCUAAACAAAGUCAAACAUGGACAAAGUAGUUUUGUAUGGCUAUGAACAAAAGCAAUCCCUACCCUGGUUUUCAAAUGAAAUAAAAUUACAUAAAUUAACAAAUUCCAGUCUUUAAAACAAUGACUAUAGAGCUAGGGAGAUGGUGCAGCGCUCACCAUGCAAGAUUGAGGACCUGAGUCUGGGGCCCCUGCACCCACAUAAAAAGCUGGGUAUAGAGUUGUUGCCUGCUGCAAUCCUAUUGCUGGGGAGGCAGAGACAGGAGGAUUCCUAAACUUGUUGGCCAGCUACUCUUGUUGAACCAGGGAGCUCCAGAUACAGUGAGAUUCCCCGCAAAAAAAAUCCCACAAAAAUCUGAUACAUAGUGGAUCCUCCUCCCCACAAAAUAUACACGUAAAACCCUAAAACCAAGACAAACAACAACAACAAAAAACCUUCUGAUCAUAUUUGGAGGUAAAGUGAAGAGUGGCUUUAAUGGUGAUAUAGUUAAACGUAGUCAUUUUCCUCAGUCAGGAAACUAUCUUGACAGAAGAAAUGGAGAGGACAGUAGUUAGAUGUCAGGCAAUGUAACAGACCUUAGAAGUAAAACUGUUAAUAGGCAUUUAAUCAGCAGAGGCAGGUCCACUGGAAGAGGAGGAGAAAGCAAAGGAAAUUGCCCUUAGGUACUUGAAGCAGACUAUGUUCCUCAAAGGUAUGAAUCAACAAGCUGAAACAGGGACUAUGGAACUCCAAUCCAGAGACCUAAAUGUAAGUGAGUCAUCUCACAAACCGAGUUACACCUGCCUGUAUUUACCCAGCAAUGUGGCUGAACUUCUACACAAAAUUUUUCCUUUACUGUUUGUUAGUUCACCUUGCACUGUUGAAGUUUGAAAUGAGCACAGCCUCCCCUGGACAGCUGACUGAAUUUAGAAUGAUAUUUAGUUUAACGGCACCUCAGUUUUUGCAUCUACAUUCUGUGCCAUUCUUAACAGGGAUCAGUGAAUGGUAGUCAAUUCCAUUGACGGCUGGGGUAUUCAUUAAUGCUACUCACACAAAUGGUAAACAAAUUUAGGCUGGAGGAGGUGGCAAUGACAAGCUCGUAUCUUAGCUUUGCCAUCUAAAGCUGAGCUGUACUUAUAUUUUGACCUCCUGCUCCAUCACCGAGCCUUUCUAGGCAAUUGAGUUUAGGAUAAUUAUGAAAUGUGCAGGAUAGAGAAUUUCAGUGUAAGCAAAUCAGACAUGGAUUCCUCUAGUGGAAGAGUCUUUACCUAGACAUGGAUCUAAUGAACAGACCCCAACAUGUGCAUAUAUGUAUGGGCUCUGUAUCAUCUGCUAGGCAAAGUAUAUCUCAAAUUUUAAUUAAUUUAUCAUUAAAACAUUAGGCACUUUCCCCUACUGGUCUUAAUACUUUAACAGCAUACAGAUGUGUUACUUCAGUUAAAACAAAACAACAAAAUAAUUUAUACUUCUCCAUCCCCCAAAAAAUAAUAAAACAAACAAAAGCCAGACCCAGACAAAAAUCAUUAUUUUGGUUUGAGGAUAUAAUCUGAUGAGUCUGUCAUAUGUUAAGAUUUAUAUUCUUGUCACAGUAAACAGAUUAUUUUCCUCCCCUUCCUGAUGCUAUAGAUUAAACCCAGGGACUCAUGAAUGUCAAGACAAGUGUCCUACUGCCAAGCCACUCCCCCAACCCUAAGGGGUCUGUUGUCAGGCACCGUCCUGAUAAUAGUCUAAGCUCUACACUUUAUGCACCUGGAAGCACACACAGUUGUUUCAGGAACUCUAAACGCAUAGCUACCAGCAAUACUACCAAAGCGCUGCCCAACAUGCUCUAUACUGUUUGUAGACUUCCAUUACUACACACCUACAAAAAUAAUAACAAAAUCUAUAAACUAGCUUCCAAUAUUACUUUAAAAAAAAUUUUUGACCUUGACUAUACCCUAGUGAGAUUAUUCCAUCAUUUCCAGAUAGUCUACUGAUUGAAAUGUAACACUAAUAUCAAUUAUUUGUGAAAAGGGACAACAUUUUCUCAAAAUUUUACCACUGGUAUUUAAUUGUAAUUUCUAUUUUAUGAAUACUUUAAAGAAAUCUGUAAUUUGAUGGGGCUAGAGAGAUUACUCAGUGGUUAAGAGUACUGGCUGUUCUUCUAAGUUUGAUUCCCAGCACUCACAUGGUGGCUCACAACUGUAACUCUAGUUCCAAAGAAUCUGAUGGUGGUAUGAAAGUGGUACACAGAUAUACAUGCAGGCAAAACACCCACAUACAUUAAAAGAAAAAAAAGUAUGUAGCCAAGGUUAGCCUUAAAUUUAUGAUCUUCCUGAGGGUGAGAUUAUAGGCAUGUACUACUAUGAUGCCUGACAAUUUUUUUAAAACCUUUGUUUCAUUUGUUUUGUUUGUUUGUUUUUUGUUUUGUUUUUUUGGUCAUCUGACACAGUGCUGGGGAUCAAACUCAGGGUCCUGC